AUGAGUUUUAAUGGAGAUUCUAUUCAAGCUAAUGAUAGUCAUGCUCACGAACCUAAGGACUAUCAAAGCAAAAAAUCAUUUGAUAUUGAUUGGUUCCAUGACCAAGGGGAUUUCAGUGAUUUCGAGGAUAACGAAAACUCAAGCAAAAAGCAUCUAUAAAGAGUACCUUCAAAGAACCAAAAUUAAAGAGAAACCAAAGAUGAAUUACAACCUGAUUAAGUUAAUAACAAUCAUGCUUCACCAGCUUAAUAGAUAGUGGAUAAAAAUUAUAAUGAAAAUGAAAAUAUAAAGAAUGCAAAUGAAGAGCAUUAAAUUCAAAACCAAUACAAAGGUUAUUAGAAUGACCGUCAUCUAAAUGGCAAGAGUAAAGAGAACUCUAAUGGGAAAGAAUAUCAUUAAAGAUCUAGAUCUAGAAGCUAAAAUAGAAGAGACAAUUACAACAGAUAUCCUCCAAGAGACAAUAGAAGAUAAAGCCCAUUUACUAGUGGUGUCUCUGGUGAUCAUUAAUACUAAAAUAAACACAGACAAGAUUACUAAAGGUAAGCAGAGAGGAGAUUCGAUAGAUAAGAAGAUCAUUAGUCAAAAUAUGACAAAUUAAAUAGAACUUCAAGAUCUAGUAAUUUUGAUGUGAAACCAGUCACUCAAAAUGAUAAUCAAUUUUCUUUGACUUCCCAGAACUAAGUUGACAAAAUUAGAACUAGCCCAGAUAAUGAACUCAAGAAGGGCAGUCCAUAUCAAUAGCAUCAACCCACAUUGUAGGAGAAUGUUUAAACAGAGUAAUCGAGCCAUUUAGUUAAUGAAGUAAAAGCAGCUAAGUCAAAAAGUGUAGAAGUAGUAGUACCAUCUUAAAAUCUCAACAUUGAAGUGACCUCACCAUCUAAUUCUGACUAUGAGUUAUCAAGAAGAAAUAUCAACGAUAAGCUAGAUGAUUUUAGUAUUACAAUGAAUAAGGACACAUUCGGUAUUACUUAUAAGUAUAUAAAACUGAUCUUCUAAUCUGCUGAGCCUAUUUUGAGAAUUCUUAAAGAGCCUGUCUUUAAAGUUAAUGAUCACAACUUGUUAAUUUUGCCAGAGAUUCCAAAUGAUAAUUAAGAUGAGGCACUUAAAAUGAUUUAACAUUCAUUUAAUGAUCUGACUGAUUUAAGAAGAGAGAUUCAUCAACUAUUUAGUUACUUUUCAACUUUAGGAGAUGUUGUAGACAUGAAUUUAGACUAUUUCCCGGAGAUGCUUAUAAUCACAUACGCUAAACAUCCAGAUGCUGUGAAACUAAUUGAAAAAGGAGAAAUUAACUAUGUAUCAGUAAGUUAGAAGGAAUGGGUUCUCAAGUCAUAGAAGAUGUAUUUUGAGCUGCCAGUUAGGGACAGCCAAAAUUCUGCUUUGACAGCUACUCAUAAAUAUCUACCCAUUUAUCAUUAGAAGGAGAAACUAAGCUUAAUCAAAAGUGAUAAUUAAAUAGUUACGAAUAACUAGAUAACUAAUUGA